AUGCGCAUGGUAAGCAUAUUCGGAGCUGGACUACUUCUAGGGACUGCCUUAUCUGUGAUCAUUCCUGAAGGAGUGGAAGCUCUCUAUACCGCACAAUCAGAGAAAUCACAUCCUGAAUUUCACGGAAUAAACAACCCCGCAAAGGCUAAAGAAAUUCUCGAAGAUACGAAACCUGAGAAAGUUGAGCUACCUCGCAUUGUCCCUCAAAAUCUCAAAGAUAAAAUCGAUGGAGAUGGCUUGGGAAAUCCCAAAACGGAGGAGGAAACGCUAUCUCCAAAGCAGAAAUGGCAC